AUCUGAGACAUUCAGAAAUGAGCAAAAAGAUAGCAACAAGUCUUUCCAUUUCGUAAUUGUAUUUAAUAACAUGAGUAACUUUAACUGCGGCCUACAAUUCGCUUGUGAAUCAUUUGAUAAGCGUGAAUCUAUGCGUUUUUUGUGUGGAUAUUUAAAAUGUUUACAUAUAAGAUCACAUUCAUUUUGAACCCAUAAACUCUAGAUUCUAUAUUUACCUCUGUCAGUUCAAAGAGUAGGUAUCUCCAAUAGUUUCUGAAUAAGUAAGUACUACCUGUAAUCAGCUACUUCCCAACACCUAAAUUUUGGUACCGAGUGUAUUCAUCCUUAAUAUUGGAAAUCCUACUGCUCAUGUGUGUGAGGCACAUCAAAUUCGCUGAGUACUGUGAUCUCAAAGAUUGAAUUUUGGAUCCAGAGUUGUUUCCCAAGUUACUGAAGCAAAGUGGCAUGUUUAAUCACUCAUCAGAAAAUUUGCUCAACUCGAUGAACGAUGAGUUCUAAUGGGCAGAAAGAGAAUCUUCCCCAAAUGACACUGGUCACGUGUGGCAUGCGCAUCAUACUCACUUGCCUUUAAUUGAGCAUUUGAUAAUCGAAACUAGUCUGACAACCCAACACUUUGAUGCAUGACAACAGUGUCAGAAUGCAGAUAGUGGGAUGGUGCAUAAGGGAUUGGGCCCUAAGGUGGCCUUAUUAAUUGGGAUGAAUUGUUUGUAAUUUGUGGUUGAGGCAACAUAGCACUUGGUUGAUCAUCUAUCAUGAUGAAAGUACUAUCUAAUUUAUUAAGAAUGUAAUUGGAGUUAUUAAUUGAUCACUAAAUAUAGUUGAAUAAUGUUGUUGAUCACUACUACAUAUGGUUAAGUGUAAUAGACUAAUAGUUAACAACAAAUUAGUAAAUUGAUCAGGACGAAUCCUCUUAUUAUGAUGAAACUAUUAUCUAAUUCAUUAAGAAUCUAAGUUGCUCGGACUCGGGUGCGGGUGUCCGAUACGGGUGCGGAUGGAGAGGUUGGAUCCUUCAUGAUCUAAUUUUUAAGAUUCGGGUUAUGGAUUUAUGUAUGGAUACGAUUGCGGGGGUUCACCUAAAAAUGAUUAGAAUGUCUAAAAUAAGUUAUAAAACCUAAAUUAUGAGAUAUUAUGAAGAGAAUCUCAUAUUGAGAUUAAAGGAAAAGGAGUGACAAAGAAAUUUAUAUAUAAAAGGUAUUCUAUUUUCUUCAAUUUCAACUUAGAUUUUGCAUUGAUUAUUGAAAUUAUUAAAACUAUCCUGACUUUCCCCGUCGAUUUUGCUCAAAGCACCCUAAAUCGGUUGACCAAAUUGGACACAGAUCCCACACCCACACUCAUGUCGUGUUGACAUGGGUGCGGCACCAUAAGUGAAGAGUCCAAGCAACUUAGUUAGGAGUGUAAUUGGAGUUAAUUAAUGACCACUAAAUAUAGUUAUAUAGCAUUGUUUACCACUAAAUAUGGUUAAAUGAAGUAUUUCACAUCUAAUUAGUCAAUUGAUCAUUCCAUUUAGGACAAAUACACUUAGUUAUCGCGAUGAUUGCUUAUGCUUGCUAUUGGUGAAGGGUGAACUUUUCAUUGCUGAAAACUCAAUUUUGUAUGAUAUGUGGGGAAUCUGUAUUAUUCCUUGAUAUUGGUAGUGUGUCUUUUUUUGCGUUUAGAGACUUUAAGUUUUGAUUGACUUUCUAAAAGAAAAAAAAAAGUUGGAUUGAGUACAGUGAAUUAGAACAUGCAAUGGAAUAAAGCAGAUUCAAAAAUUGUUUGGUAUCUGAUGAUGUGCUGGAUUAAUGUGGGAGGUAAUGUUAGACAGAAGAAGUGGAAACCCCAGCAUGCAAUGCAAGGUGUUUCGAAGAUUGAAGCAGUCCCACCCAGAGAAUGAAAAUGAAUUGAAUUUUGUUACUUUUAACUUUAACGUGAAGAAAAUCAUGGAGAGGAAGCUAAAGCUCUUAUUAGAAUUAUUAGGAUCCUUGUAAGAGAACAAGGUCACUCUUCUACUUUCGUUUGUAAUUGUAAAUAUGACUGCAACGCAGCUUUUGUGCUGAUGAUUAGUGUACUGUUAUCUUUCUCAAAAAAGAAAUUGUUUGGUGUGGUAGCAGAAUCUUCUUUGACUAUUUAAUAUGCAACUUGUCCAAGGAUAUUCUCAUACUCUGCCUCGAGCCAAACUAUCUGCAGCCCCCCCAGUCAAUGCUCCGACAUGUGGUUGUCACUAUAAUCACCAUGAAGGUUUCACGAAUUUCAUGCAUCCUAAUGAGGAGAGAAUUAAACAGUUGCUCCUUGUCUUGAUAGCGAAGCAUGACAAGUGGAUCUUUGAGAAAGAGGACAAAUUCAAACAGCCAGGAGAGAGAUAUAGGUCAAGGGAACCGGGACAGCUAGUUUGGUACAUCGGCUAUCUGCUGGUUUUGUUAUUGCAGGCAAGAAAGAAAGAUCUUCCUGCUGUUGGGUUGAGGUCUCUAUCCGAUUCUCAAGUCACUCAUGAAAUACACACAGAUCUGAGCUCUUUCCCUUUCAUGUUCAUUUAGUUCGCGUCCCAUGUAGAUCCAAAGAGAGAUAAAUAUUGCAAUGUUUUGCAUGAACUGUGCUUCUGGCUGGUAUGUCUCUAACUCAAGAAAAUCGCAUCUCGUCUCACUGUGAAGGCGAUAACUCAACUAUGUUGUGUCCUAUUAAGGAGUAAUCCAAGAAAACAUUGUUUCUUAUGGUAAGAGUAUGUAUUCUCUUUGGUGAUUGGGUUGUAUGCUAAUUCUCAAUCCGCUGGGCUUAACUGAAGGAAUGGGGAUUCAUAUUAGCCUACACUCAAACUUGUUUGGGACUGAGGCGAAGUAGAUAUUUGUCGAAGGUCAACAAGGCCACGAUUUAACAUGUAUGGAGAGUUAGUUUUAGUACCCAACACUUAGGUUAAGAAACUUAUCCCUACAGAUUUAAGUCGUGUUGUUUACAAAAGUUUUAAACAUCUUUAUUCAAUAUACUUUUCCAUAUAUCAAAAUUGAAACUAUGGAUUAAAAUAUCAAAGCAAUGGGAAAGACAUCCUAUCACUCACACGAGUUGUGAUAAUAUAUAGAUCGAUUUUAACUCAA